AUGACACCCAGCAGGUACAUGGAAGGGGAUGGAAACCACACCUCCGUGGCCAUGUUUGUCCUCCUGGGGCUCUCAGAUGACAAGGAACUGCAGCUCAUCCUCUUCCCUGUCUUCCUGGGGAUCUACCUUGUGACUCUGACCUGGAACCUGGGUCUUAUCAUCCUCAUCAGGUUGGACUUCCACCUGCAAACACCCAUGUAUUUUUUUCUCAGUUUCCUGUCAUUCAUAGAUGUCUGCUAUUCUUCCUCCAUUGUCCCAAGGAUGCUCGCAGACUUCUUAAAAGAUGAAAAAACAAUUUCCCUCAUGGCCUGUGCCACUCAAUAUUUUGUGGUGGCCUGGAUGGCUAUGGCUGAGUGCUGUCUCUUGGCCGCCAUGGCCUAUGACAGAUAUGUCGCCAUUGGUAGUCCUUUGCAGUACUCAGCCAUCAUGGCCCCAGGCCUCUGUCAGAGGAUGGUGGCUGGGGUCUGUGGCAGUGGUUUCCUCAGCAGCUUAGUUCAAACUUCCCUUUGCUUUCACCUCUACUACUGUGGGCCAAAUAUUAUUCGACAUUUCUUCUGUGACAUACCUCAGAUUAUGACCUUGUCUUGCUCUGAUCCUUUUAUUAGCCAACUGAUUCUCUUUCUGGCAGCUGUUUUUGUUGGGUUUGGCUCUUUCCUUCUCAUCCUGUUGUCCUAUGGCUUCAUUGCUGCCUCCAUCCUGAAAAUCUCCUCACUCCAAGGCUGUGCCAAGGCCCUCAACACCUGCACCUCCCACCUGGCAACGGUGACGCUCUUCUACGGCACAGCCCUCUCUGUCUACACCCAUCACAGCUCCAGCCACACCACAGAGCAGGACAAGGUGCUGUCCGUCUUCUAUGUCAUCCUCAUCCCCAUGUUGAACCCUCUGAUCUACAGUCUGAGGAACAAGGAGAUCAAAGAAGCCCUCAGGAGGGUGAUAAAGAAAGUAGCAUCGUGA